UAUUCUGUUAUUGCGGGUAUUUUUUGUAGAUUUCUUCGGAAUAAUAAUAAAAAUAUCAGUCAACUACGGACUGGCAAUUGAAAAACAUCAUUUGGAAGAUUAAUUUAAAUAAAAACAAACAACUAAUAGUAGAGAGCUGAAGGGUAAAAAGCAAUAAAAGAAAAUAUGAAAAAUAUUUGUUUAUUAAUAAGCUUGGGCUUAUUGCUGCAGCUAUGCGGAGCCGAGGAUAAAUUAAUACGUGUACCGGUGACCAAAAUAAAGUCGGCACGACGUCACUUCCAUGAAGUGGGCACCGAAUUGCAGCAAUUACGUCUUAAAUAUGGUUCGGAUGUAAGCGGUGUUACACCCGAACCUUUAUCGAAUUAUUUAGAUGCCCAAUACUAUGGCCCCAUAUCGAUUGGUACACCACCACAAAAUUUCAAAGUAGUAUUCGAUACCGGCUCCUCUAACUUAUGGGUACCUUCGAAACAGUGUCAUUUGACCAAUAUUGCUUGCCUAAUGCACAAUAAAUAUGAUGCGAAAAAGUCAAAGACCUAUGAAAAGAAUGGUACAGAAUUUGCCAUUCAUUAUGGUUCGGGCAGUCUAUCGGGUUAUUUGUCUACGGAUGUUGUAAAUAUUGGUGGUUUGGAUAUUAAGAAACAAACAUUUGCUGAAGCUUUAAGUGAACCCGGUUUAGUUUUUGUGGCGGCUAAAUUUGAUGGUAUUUUGGGAUUGGGUUACAGUUCCAUUUCGGUUGAUGGUGUCAAACCUCCCCAUUACAGCAUGUACGAACAGGGUUUAAUUAGUCAACCAGUGUUUUCGUUCUAUCUUAAUCGUGAUCCUGCUGCACCUGAGGGUGGCGAGAUUAUUUUCGGUGGCUCUGAUCCCAAUCACUAUACCGGAGAGUUUACAUAUUUGCCGGUAACACGUAAAGCCUAUUGGCAAGUUAAAAUGGAUUCUGCCUCUAUGGGUGAUUUGCAAUUGUGUCAGGGUGGUUGUCAAGUUAUAGCCGAUACCGGCACCUCUCUCAUUGCCUUGCCUCCCAACGAAGCCACUUCUAUUAAUAAAGCCAUUGGCGGUACUCCCAUGAUAGGCGGUCAGUAUAUAGUUUCCUGUGAAUCAAUACCCAAUUUACCCGUUAUCAAAUUCGUUCUGGGUGGCAAAACUUUCGAACUCGAAGGUAAAGAUUAUAUUUUGCGUGUAGCUCAAAUGGGCAAGACAAUUUGUUUGUCUGGCUUUAUGGGCAUUGAGAUACCACCACCUAAUGGUCCAUUGUGGAUUUUGGGUGAUGUUUUUAUUGGUAAAUAUUAUACAGAAUUCGAUAUGGCCAAUGAUCGUGUUGGUUUUGCUGUAGCUAAAUAAAAAUUUCCAAAAAAAAUUUUAUGUUUGAGAGUGUGAUGUUAAAAUAUGAACGAUUGUUUGAUUAUGAAAUAAUGGGCAAUCAAAAUGCAGUUUUAUUUUUAUGUAUUUUAUGUUUUCUCUCUCAUUGUGUGUUGUGUUUUAAAAUUAAAGCUACUUUUAUUAAAUUGAAAUAAAAUUUAUUCAUAUAUUUAAAACUUA